AUGACACUACAUUCAUACAACAUACUAUCCGAGACGCCUGAUCAUCUCCGUGGCGUCUACGAUAUUGUUCACGUUCGGAACUUUUCCUUCGUAGUAAGGGACUCAGAGGCUGAGAGUGUUAUCGGAAACGUUUUACAACUAUUAAAGCCGGGCGGCUACAUACAAUGGGCCGAAGUAGAUGCCCUUUCAUAUCGCAUUGAAAAGACCAACUCGAACUGCAAAGACAAAGCCCUUGAGGAACUCAUGCGCUUAGGCAGGGCGACGGAUGAUCGGAUCACUCCUCACUGGGUUCCUGAGAUUCCUUAUUUCUUUCAGCAGGCCAAGCUACAAGAGGUGCAAAAUGAAGUCAAGGAGGCUCCGCCGUACAUGGCCGUAGCAAAGCAUGAAUGCAACCUGAUUGUUCCAGAAAUGCUCGCCCAGACGACGCAGGAUUCGGCUCUAAGCGAGGGGCUUUCACGGCUCUUACCCGAAGUCGUGGAAGAAACUCAUGGAGGGGCCUACUGGGCUUUCACUCGGCUUACAGUAGUUGAAAGAGGAAGAAACAUCCACCCGACACAUUUUAAUGAGCAACGUAUCGCGCCUUGCACAUCAAAGGCUAUCUCGUUUGCUAUGAGCAACCAAGCUGCAGCAUCUCAUUCCCCUCUCUCUCGCCUAGAAUAA